AUCGUUUUGAUUUGAUCAAUUUCCUUGGUCCAGGGAUUAAAAAUAGAGCAGCCGCUCUGCAGCUGAGCAGAGGGAAUCCCCGCCAGGAAGAAGCUCUGCUGAGAAAUGAGUCACUUGCUACUCCGUACUCAACUCAAUUUCUCCCAGUUCCACUUGGCAACAGGUUCCUUCACCGUGUCGAGCUCCGCCACGCGCAGGAGAAGUGCUUGUUUUCCCCCCAUACGGCCUGCAGGAUGCAGAUGCGUGGUCUCCCGCGCCGCUUCUUCUGGGCCCUGAUGCUCGUGAGCGGCUUCCCGGCUCUUGUGGAUGGAUGUGACUUUGCUGAGUCGGUCUGCGGCGCCGAGGCUCCCGGGGACGUGGUGAUUGGCAUUUUGUUGCCAUGUCAUCGAAAAGUGAAGGAUCACGUGCGGAUCAGACCUGGAGACUACCACUGCUCAGACUUUAAUCUGGAGUCAUUUCUCAAAUCCUUGGCUACCAUCCAUGAAAUUGAGGCCAUAAAUGCAGCUGGCUUCCUGCCAGGGCUGCGUCUUGGAUAUUUGAUGUGUGACACGUGUGCCUCUGCGAGCAAGGCGUUGCAGGGUGUGGGCCACAUGCUCCAAGUCAACGGCUCUCUGAAUGUGAUCUGUGACUACAGCGACUUCAGGCCCACCGUCAAGAUUGUUUUGGGAGCUCUGUACUCUGAGGUGUCCAUCGCUGUGGCCAGACUGAUGAAUGUGUACAUGGUCCCUCUGCUGAGCAGCACAUCAUCCGCACCAGACCUGAGCAAUAAACAGCGCUACCCGUCUUUCCUGCGCACCGUUCCCAGUGAUGAACACCAGACCAGAGCAGUGGCCAGAAUGAUGCAUCACUUCGGCUGGAACUGGGUCGGGGUCGUGUACGGUGACGACGCGUACGGCAGCGAAGCUUUUCACAGCUUCCUCGGGAACGCCGAGGCUAAUGACGUGUGUUUGGCCUACCAGGAGGUCUUGCCUCAUUACCUCGACGAUUCGCUCAGCCUGCAGAGUGUCAAGCGAGUCGCCAAGGUGAUCCGCUCCUCCGGCGCCCAGGUGGUGCUGCUCAUCCUUAAAGCAGAACUGGUGGAGCUCCUCUUUAAGGAAAUGAUUGGGACCAACACAUCAAGGAUCUGGAUUUCCACCGAUACCUGGACCAAGAGUAAGUUCCUCUCCGAAAUGAAGGGUAUCAAUGAGGUUGGGGACAUCUUGGGCUUCACGUUUGUGUCUGAAGAGAGCGAACCCUUCAACAACUAUCUCAAGAAUCUGACAGCAACCCCGGGGGGCUACAACCGCUUCAUCGAAGAAUACAAGAACCUGAGAUUCAACUGCAGCUCAGAAUGUUUCUCAACGAAGCCUCCGUCCUACUGUCCCACACCCGAUCUGCUGACAAUGAAGUCCGCCAGCGCGUGCAAAUUCACAGAUCCCCAAGUGCAAAAUGAUGACUAUCUGGUCAGGGCUCUGGAUACGGGGGAAACCUUCCUUUACAGAGCAGCAGUGUGGGCCACUGCAAAUGCUCUGAAGAAACUACUGAAGUGCAACAGCUCCUCGUGCUCGGGAGACAUUAACUUCCCCCCAUGGAAGCUUCUUGAAGAACUCAAGAAAGUUGAGUUUGAAUUUGAGAACCACUAUAUCAACUUUGACAAAAAUGGUGAUUUUUUAAGUUAUUACAACCUUAUCAUGUGGGAACGUGAUGGACAUUCCAGACGAUUUCAAAAUAUCGGAAAAUACCAGGUCCUUGAUAAAGAAAUUGAGGUUGAUAAAAACUUCACCUGGUUUUCAACAGCCAAUACCACGAUUCCUCCAUACAGAUGCUCAGACCACUGCGCCCCCGGCUCGGUGAAAAAGAUCCUCAACGUAUCCUGCUGUUACAACUGCACGCUUUGUGUGGAGGGGACCUUCUCAGACGCUCCGGAUCUUGCCACCUGCAAAGCGUGUCCCAAUGGAACCUGGGCUCUCAAAGGAUGGACCCAGUGUGGGCCAAGAUCUGAGUCCUACCUGCGAUGGACAGAAGCUCAUCCCAUCAUCAUGAUUGCAGCCGCAGUGUUUGGCAUCUUGCUCUUAUUUGUUACCGCCGUUAUCUUUUUGGUGUACAGAGAUUCCCCACCCAUGAAAAGGGCCGAGGUGAGAUUGUCUUGCGUCAUGAUGGUCGGUUUGUCGGUGAGCUUCGCGAGCGUGAUAUGCUUCAUGGGCAAGCCCAAUAUACACCUGUGCAGAGCCCGUCAGUUACUGUAUGCCCUGGGCUUCACCCUGUGUGUGUCCUGCAUCCUAGUCAAGGCCUACCGUACCUUCCUGGCUUUUCUUCCCUUCGGUCAGCUGACAUGCGGGCGCCUACACAAACUCUACAAGCCAGCCGCACUCGUCAUCGGCCUAACUGCUCUCCAGGGGGUCAUCUGUCUUCUCUGGCUCAUCUUGGACUCCCCUGAUAUUGAUCCCACGCCUCCGUCCCCACAAAGCAUGAUCAUACUAAUCCAGUGUAGCGAAGGUGCAACACACAUAGGUUUUGGCGUUAUGUUGGUCUACAUAGCGCUGCUGGCACUGGUUGGCUUCUUCUUGGCCGCCAAGGGCAGGAAGGUUCCGCAGGAGUUCAGUGAAACGGGCUACAUCAUCUUCAGCAUGCUGAUGUACUUGUUCGUAUGGGUGUGUUUUAUCCCAGUCUAUAUCACCAACCAUGAAAACGCGGCUAUUGUGCAGGCUACGGCCAUUCUGGUGUCCACCUACGGUGUCAUCUUCUGCCAUUUCUUACCCAAGUGCUACGAAGCACUUCGAGGGUCGAAGGCGGAUACACUGGAAUGUGUUCUGAGGAGAUGGCGAGGCGUCUCCUUCCCAAAACCUGAUCCGGCGAUACGCACAGAGAGCGAUGUCCCAGAACUGGGCUUACCCACCGUGAGGGGUAACAGGUUUUCCAUAACAAGCACAACAACUAUGUUGACAACCACAGGGACGCUCAAGCAUGCAGAUUCAAAAGUGUUCAUGAAGCAGAUGUCCUAUCGCAAGAUUCAUGCCUGUAUGAACAAACUGAGGAGACGUAGGAGUGUAUCCAUCUAAAACUGGUUCUGGAAAUUUGGUAUAUACUGUUCUAUAGUGGUAUAUCAUUAUUCAAGUUGUAACUUUUUAAAGACAAUAUUUUGUCAUUUUGCUGUUAAUCCAAGCUAAAAAAGGUGUUUUGCUCGAAGCUGUUGAUUUCUUCAUUGUACAAACAACCGAAAAGCACUCUAUUGUAUGCAACUAAAAGCAAUAUUAAAUGAAAAAUG